AUGAGGUUCAAAACAGAGCUGAAAAACAUUCGGACGUUCAACAAGCUCACCGCCGCCCUCAACACCCUCGAGAAGAUUGCGUGGGUGCGACUCGACGAUGACACCGCCCGCUUCACCGUCAUCCCCGACACCGGGUCUCAGGUCUGGGCCUCUCUGUCCAUGGAUCUGAUCUUCGAGAACUACAAUAUCCAAUCCGCCGAAGCGAACAAUACUAUCAACCUUGAACUGCCGCUUGGACCGCUCCAGCGUGCUCUGAGGUCCGCCAUCAACAGCACAGAGGCGUCCCUCCGCCUCACAAAAAAAGAUGGCAUACCCGUUCUUUCUAUGACGAUCCACACCACUCCCGACCAGAAGAGCCAAGGCCCGGGCGGCGGCGGCGGCGGCGGUGGUGUUGGGGGCGGUUUCCCAGGCGGACGCCAGAACAGCAAUGCGCCCAACCCCUAUGACGACCCGUUCGCCGACGCCGACUUCCAGGCCGAGGCGCUCGAGCUGACGAUGAAGCGCGAGCGCGAGAAGAUCAUCACGCAGGACAUACCCGUGCGCGUGCUGCACCCGGACACGGUCGAGACCAUCAUGCAGCCCAAGGUGCGCGAGCCGGACGUCCACAUCCAGCUGCCGCCCCUGCUCCAGCUCAAGGCCAUCUCCGACCGCUUCACCAAGCUCGCGCUGACCACCACGACGGCCGGCGGCGGCGGCGGCGGCGGACGAGGUGGCGGCUCGCCCAAGCUCGAGCUCUCUGCUAACAUGCACGGGUCGCUGCGCCUGCGCAUUGGCACCGAGUCCCUCGACAUUGAGUCCGUGUGGAGCAACCUGGAGAACCCGGAGCUGGACCCGUCAGUGCUGGCGGUGCCAAUCGAGGAGCACCCCAGCACGAAGUUCAGAGAGGCUGGCCCGGACAAGUGGGCGACGGUGCGUGUGGACGGUAAAGACUGGAGCAAGGUGCUCAGUGUCGGCCGUCUGGAGGGGAGAGUCAUUGCGUGCUUUGCGGACGAUCACGCCUUGAUCUUGUAUGUGUACGUGCCGCAGUAUGAUGAUGCGAGCGCGGAGGACUCGGUUGUUACCUAUUACGUCUCAUCCUACAGUUUAUAA